CAAAAUUCCUCUACAAAGUUUUGGUAUCUCAGUAGGGAAUUAGAAAGAUUAUUUAGGCUAUCGCUAAGAUGCCCUUACUUCACUAUACUUAAUCCUAAAUUCCCAUACUUGGAGCCAUCAAAGUAUGAAGAAUUGUCACCCACCCUCAUGGGCGGGCUGUAACAUUUGUGGGAGUCCUGUCCAGUGGCUGCAUGCCUAGGCCACCAAAGCAUUCAGUGUGGACUGUGACAGCAGGCAAGGCUGAGCAACAUGUCCAGGGCGCAGAUCUCAGCUCUGGUGUGUGGAGUUGGAGGGUUUGGUGCUCUUGUCGCUGCCACCACAUCCAAUGAAUGGAAAGUGACCACCCGAGCAUCGUCCGUGAUAACCGCCACCUGGGUUUACCAGGGUCUGUGGAUGAACUGCGCAGCCGGCAGCAUGGCUAGCACGGCCUUGGAAAUCAUCGCCUUUGUCGUCUCCAUCUCGGGCUGGGUGCUGGUGUCUUCCACACUACCCACCGACUACUGGAAGGUCUCCACCAUCGAUGGCACUGUCAUCACCACCGCCACUUAUUUUGCCAACCUGUGGAAGAUGUGCGUUACCGAUUCCACCGGUGUCGCCAACUGCAAGGACUUCCCCUCCAUGCUGGCGCUGGAUGGUUACAUCCAGGCGUGUAGAGGACUAAUGAUUGCCGCGGUCAGCCUGGGCUUCUUCGGUUCCAUUUUUGCACUCUUUGGAAUGAAGUGUACCAAAGUCGGAGGCUCGGAUAAAGCCAAAGCUAAGAUUGCUUGCUUGGCUGGGGUUGUAUUCAUAUUGUCAGGUCUGUGUUCCAUGACGGGCUGUUCCCUGUACGCGAACAAAAUCACAACGGAAUUCUUUGAUCCCCUCUUUAUGGAGCAAAAGUAUGAAUUGGGGGCCGCCCUCUUCAUCGGAUGGGCAGGAGCUUCUCUCUGCAUCAUUGGCGGUGUCAUAUUUUGCUUUUCAAUAUCCGACAACAACAAAACACCCAGAAUGGGCUACACGUACAAUGGACCCACGUCAGUCAUGUCUUCCCGGACCAAGUAUCAAGGCGGAGAAGGAGAUUUUAAAACCACAGGCCCUUCAAAACAGUUUGAUAAAAAUGCCUAUGUCUAAAGAGCUCUGGCAAGCCGCGUCUCGAGUUUGUUGCGCAAGAGAACUGUUCUCACAAUGGUCCUUCCAAGGCUCCCCUGUAAUUACCGCUUAAGCUGGUUUUUUUUUUUUUUUUUAAAUAUGAAUUUGAAGAAUGUUGAUUGGAUGUAAAUGUUCUUAUAGUUAUAUACUAAUCAUUUUUUUCUGUUGUGCCUUUCUAUAAGGGAAAUAAACAGGUUAUUUACAGGA